AUGGCUUCUGCUGCCGCCAUAUCGCGAUCCUCAGGGCGCCUGCUUCUCUCAAGGUCGGCCUCUGCUUUACGGGAAUCGCGAAAUCUAUGCAGGCUACGAGAUGCCUCGCGGUCACAAGCACCUAUCUUUGCCUCUCUCGCCCGAUACUAUGCCUCCAAAUCAUAUCCUCCUCAUACCGUUAUCAGCAUGCCGGCGCUCUCACCCACAAUGACGGCAGGUAACAUCGGAGCGUGGCAGAAGAAGGCCGGGGACACGCUGGCGCCGGGUGACGUUUUGGUGGAGAUUGAAACAGACAAAGCGCAAAUGGAUUUUGAGUUUCAAGAGGAGGGCGUUCUUGCAAAAAUUCUUAAGGAUGCAGGUGAAAAGGACGUUGCCGUUGGGAAUCCCAUUGCUGUGAUGGUUGAAGAGGGUACAGAUGUCAGCCAAUUUGAAUCAUUCUCCCUCGAAGAUGCGGGUGGUGAUAAGAAACCUUCGGAGGGUGCGCAGAAAGCCCCGGAGUCAUCAAAGGCGCCUGAGCCUGAGACCGAAGCCCAAUCUUCUGCGCAAGACGAAGCUGCCCCCGCGGCGCAAGAGCCAGAUGUGACUGGCGAACGUUUGCAGCCUGCCAUUGAUAGGGAGCCCUUCAUCAGCCCUGCCGCCAAGGCUCUUGCUCUCGAGCGCGGAGUCUCGAUUAAGGGUCUUAAGGGCACAGGCCCCGGAGGGCGAAUUACACAGGCGGAUAUCGAAAAGCAGCAGCCUGCAGCCACGGCCGGCGCUGCUGCUGGCCCUACGUAUGAAGAUGUUCCCGCCUCUUCGAUGCGAAAGGUCAUUGCCAAUCGCCUCACGCAAUCCAUGAGAGAGAACCCUCAUUACUUUGUCUCCUCGACCUUGUCGGUCACCAAACUUCUCAAGCUUCGACAGGCCAUGAACUCCGCCGCCAACGGCAAAUACAAACUCUCCGUCAACGAUUUCCUAAUCAAGGCAUGCGCCAUCGCCCUGCAGCGAGUCCCCACUGUCAACUCGGCCUGGAUUGAGCAGAACGGCCAGGUCGUGAUCCGUCAGUACAACACUGUUGAUAUCAGCGUCGCCGUUGCCACUCCAGUUGGGCUCAUCACCCCCAUCGUCAAGGGUGUACAGGGCAUUGGCUUGGAGAGCAUUUCACGCCAAGUGAAAGACCUUGGCAAGCGCGCGCGCGACAACAAAUUGAAGCCCGAAGAAUUCAACGGAGGCACGUUUACCAUCAGCAACAUGGGCAUGAAUCCCGCCAUUGAGCGAUUCACGGCCGUGAUUAAUCCUCCCCAGGCCGCUAUUCUCGCCGUCGGUACCACGCGAAAGGUCGCCGUGCCUUUGGAGACCGAAGACGGGACUGAAGUGCAAUGGGAUGACCAGAUCGUUGUGACAGGAAGCUUUGAUCACAAGGUCGUCGACGGUGCAGUGGGAGCCGAGUUCAUGCAGGAGCUGAAGCAAGUGGUUGAGAACCCCCUCGAACUAAUGCUAUGA